AUGGCUGGCUCUCCGAGUUCAGACUCGGAUUCUGAAGGGUCGCGCUCUGAGGUGUCGUCGGUUGCCCAAGAUGAGGUAGCCGUGCUAGACGAGAGGCCACAAAAAAGACAACGACUCUCAGAUUCCUCCGAAGACUGCCCAAUAGCUCCAACGACGCCAUUCCCAGUUCAGACUCUUUCGCGGAUUAAAAAGAAAGAUGUGAAAAGUGAAAAAUGUGAGGAGGAGAAUACGUCUCUAGCCGAUCCCGUCACUGCCAACGAUGCGUUCGCGAUGGGCCUUCAGUCGGCAGACUCCUCGUUUGCUUCUCUCGGCCUUGCCCCGUGGCUGGUUAGCUCACUGAAGGCUAUGGAAAUCAAGAGACCAACGGCGAUUCAGAAAUGCUGCAUACCAGAAAUAAUCAAGGGGAGAGAUUGUAUAGGUGGGAGUAGGACUGGCUCCGGAAAAACUGUUGCAUUCGCAGCUCCAAUACUCCAUAAGUGGUCUGAGGAUCCGUUUGGGAUUUUUGCUGUCGUAUUAACUCCAACAAGAGAGCUUGCCCUUCAAAUCUUCGAACAGAUUAAAGCCAUUUCAGCGCCGCAGUCUCUCAAACCUCUUCUAAUAACUGGAGGAAGCGAUAUGCGCCCUCAGGCCAUUGGGCUCUCUCAACGGCCUCACAUAGUUAUUGCGACGCCAGGGCGACUUGCGGACCACAUAAAGUCGUCUGGAGAGGAUACCAUCGUUGGACUGAAACGCGUCCGUAUGGUAGUCCUCGAUGAGGCAGAUCGCCUUCUUUCGAGUGGGCCGGGGAGCAUGCUUCCUGACGUGGAGACCUGUUUAUCCGCCCUUCCGCCGUCAACAAAUCGUCAGACUCUUCUAUUUACUGCGACAGUAACUCCUGAGGUACGGGCGCUGAAGUCGAUGCCUCGGGCAAAGAAUCGACCGCCGAUCUUUGUCACCGAGAUAUCGACGGAAAAUACAACGAUACCCCCAACACUGAAACAGAGCUAUCUCCAGGUGCCGCUGAACCACCGUGAGGCCUUUUUACAUGUUCUGCUAUCAACCGAGGGGAAUUCCUCCAAAUCCACUAUUAUCUUUUGUAACCGGACAAAAACAGCCGACCUGUUAGAACGUAUGCUCCGUCGACUAUCACAUCGAGUCACUUCACUUCACAGCCUUUUACCUCAGUCGGAGCGAGUAGCCAAUCUCUCCCGUUUCCGUGCCUCGGCAGCUCGGUUGCUUGUUGCCACCGAUGUAGCAGCUCGUGGUUUGGAUAUUCCGUCUGUUGGGCUGGUAAUCAACUUUGAUGUCCCUAGGAAUCCCGAUGACUAUAUUCAUCGGGUUGGUCGUACAGCUCGAGCUGGGCGAGAGGGUGAAGCUAUAACACUCGUUGGACAAAGAGAUGUUCAGCUAGUUUUGGCAAUCGAGGCUCGUGUUGGUAAGCAAAUGGUCGCAUGGGAGGAACCAGGGGUGAAUCUUGAAUCUCGAAUUGUGAAGAGUACGGUUUUGAAAGAAGUUGGCUCAACAAAACGAGAGGCGAUGGGUGAAAUUGACGAGGGUAGAGAUAUAUUAGGCCGCAGGGUCAGGAAACUGAAAAAAGUCCGUUAG